AAUCACAGGAUGUUCUGAGCUGGAAGGGACCCACAAGGAUCAUCAAGUCCAGCUCUGGAGUGAAUGGCCCAUUCCAGGACUGGCCCCACAACCUGGCUGUUUUUAGCACCAGGCUCUGACCUGCUGAGCUCAUCUCAGGGUUCUGUGGCUGGUGGCAGGAGGUGGCAGCAUGAGCGAGUUCCGCAUCCACCACGACGUGAACGAGCUGCUGAGCCUGCUGCGUGUGCACGGCGGUGAGGGCGCCGAGGUCUACAUCGAGCUGCUGCAGAAGAACCGCACGCCCUACGUCACCACCAACGUCUCUGCCCACAGUGCCAAGGUGAAAAUAGCAGAGUUUUCUCGAACUCCUGAAGAUUUUUUAAAGAAGUAUGAUGAGCUGAAGUCUAAAAACACAAGACAUCUGGAUUCUUUAGUUUAUCUGCUGUCCAAACUCACCGAAGACAAAGAGACACUCCACUACCUGCAGCAAAAUGCAAAAGAAAGGGCAGAACUGGCAGCAAAUGCAGGCACCAGCAGCAGCAGCACGAAUUUCUCCAUCCCCUGCUCCACCUCCAAGAUGUCUCUGCAGGAGCUGGAGGAGCUGCGCAAGCAGCUGGGCAGUGUCACAGCCAGCUCCAGUGCACAGCAGCCUCUCGAGCUUACCCGAAAAAUCCUCCGGGAUAAGCAGAACAAGAAGAAUUCUGGGCAGCCCAUUCCAGUAUUUCCAUCCUGGGUCUAUGAGAGACCUGCACUCAUUGGGGAUUUCUUAAUUGGCACCAGCCUAAGCACUGACACAACAGUACCAAUAGGCACUUUGCCACUGGCCUCCCAGGAAUCCAUGAUUGUGGAGGACUUGCUGUACGUGCUGAUUGGAGUGGAUGGCAGGUACAUCACAGCACAGGCCCUGGUGGGCAGGCAGAACAGAGCCUUCUCACUUGAUCCAAACCUGGACUUGUCCAUCAAGGAGUUGGUGACCAGGAUUCUUCCUGUGGCUGCCAGUUACUCUGCUGUCACCAGGUUUAUAGAGGAGAAGUCCUCCUUCGAGUAUGGACAGGUAAAUCAUGCUCUGGCUGCAGCCAUGAGGACUCUAAUCAAGGAAUACAUGAUAUUAAUUACCCAGCUGGAGCACCUUCAGAGGCAGGGCCUGCUGUCACUGCAGAAGCUGUGGUUUUACAUCCAGCCCACAAUGAGGACCCUGGAGAUUCUGGCUUCACUGGCUACUUCUGUGGAUAAGGGUGAGUGUAUGGGAGGAUCAACCCUGAGCUUGCUCCAUGACAAGACUUUCAAUUACACAGGGGACAGCCAGGCUCAGGAGCUGUGCCUGUAUUUAACCAAGGCAGCCAGCGUGCCUUACUUUGAAAUCCUGGAAAAGUGGAUAUAUAGAGGCAUCAUUAAUGAUCCAUACAGUGAGUUCAUGGUGGAGGAGCACGAGCUGCAGAAGGAGAAGAUUCAGGAGGACUAUAAUGACAAGUACUGGGAUCAGAGAUACACUGUUGUCCAGCAGCAGAUCCCCUCCUUCCUGCAGAAAAUGGCUGACAAAAUCCUAAGCACAGGCAAAUAUUUAAAUGUUGUGAGGGAAUGUGGGCGAGAUGUCACCUGCCCUGUGGCCAAAGAGGUCAUCUACACUUUAAAGGAGAGAGCCUAUGUGGAGCAAAUAGAAAAAGCAUAUAACUAUGCCAGCAAAGUUCUUCUGGACUUCCUGAUGGAGGAGAAAGAGCUGGUGGCUCACCUAAGAUCUAUAAAACACUAUUUCCUGAUGGAUCAAGGGGACUUUUUUGUUCACUUCAUGGAUCUGACAGAGGAGGAACUGAAGAAGCCUGUGGAUGACAUCAUAACAACAAGGCUGGAGGCUCUGCUGGAAUUAGCCCUGAGAAUGAGCACAGCCAACACUGAUCCCUUCAAGGAUGAUUUAAAGAUUGACUUGAUGCCCCAUGACCUCAUCACACAGCUGCUGAGGGUGUUGGCCAUAGAAACAAAGCAGGAGAAAGCCAUCAUCAGUGCAGAGCCCACAGAGCUCACCCUCAGCGGCCUGGAGGCCUUUUCCUUCGACUACAUUGUGAAGUGGCCUCUGUCCCUCAUCAUAAACAGGAAAGCACUGACAAGGUACCAGAUGCUUUUCAGACACAUGUUCUACUGCAAGCACGUGGAAAGGCAGCUGUGCAAUGUUUGGAUCAGCAAUAAGACAGCCAAACAAUUCUCUCUGCAUUCAGCUAAGUGGUUUGCUGGUGCUUUCACACUGCGGCAGCGGAUGCUGAAUUUUGUGCAGAAUAUCCAGUAUUACAUGAUGUUUGAAGUGAUGGAGCCAACAUGGCACAUCCUGGAGAAGAACCUGAAGCUG